AUGCGGCUCCUAAAGGCAUCAUCUGUUGGCAGCUUUAAGCUGGUUUACUUCCCUGAUGACAGCACUCCUCCAUAUGCAAUUCUCUCACAUACCUGGAGCGAGGGCCAAGAAGUCACAUACAGCGAUCUAAUGGCCGGUACUGGCAGAAAGAAGACUGGCUUUGCGAAGAUCCGCUUCUGUGCGGACAGAGCGGCAUAUGAUGGCUUUGCUUACUACUGGAUAGAUACCUGCUGUAUUAAUAAGUCUGACAGCGCAGAGCUUCAGACAGCGGUUAACUCAAUGUUUCGAUAUUACCAACGCGCGAAGAAGUGCUACGUAUAUCUAUCAGAUGUCCAAGUGCCGGAAGAGGUUGCUGACCCCCAGGCUUUCCGAAUACUAUGGGAGGACAGCUUUCGACGUAGCAGAUGGUUCACGCGAGGCUGGACGCUGCAGGAGCUAUUAGCGCCGCCUAUCGUGGAGUUCUUCUCCAAGAAUGCGAAACUACUAGGCAGUAAGAUAUCAUUAGAGCGAGAGAUUCAUGACAUCACCAAGCUUCCCAUCGAAGUCCUUAGAGGACAACGGAAGUUCUCCACUUUCAGCAUAGAAGAACGACUGGAGUGGGUCGCUCCACGCACGACUACAUUAAAGGAGGAUAAAGUAUAUUGCCUUCUGGGGAUAUUUGGAGUAUUCCUGCCCCUUAUAUAUGGAGAAGGUGAAGAGCACGCGAAAUACCGGCUGAGAGAGGAGAUAGCGAAACGGCAGGAAAGACGAGGCCUAGAGCAUCUGCAGGACUUAACAGUUGCCUUGCCACUACCCUUUCCACGAAAUGAACAAUUCGUCGGACGAGAAGAAGAACUCAGGAUUCUUGAACAUUUCCUCCUCCCGAAUACCCACCAACGUUUGACUGUAUAUGGACUGGGCGGGUGUGGGAAAUCCGCACUUGUACUUGAGUUUGCAUACCGCACACUCGCCCGACAUCCUGGAUACCUUAUCUUCUGGGUGCCUGCUAUUAGCAAAGAAACCUUUGAGCUUGCAUAUCUCGAAAUCGGAACACUGCUUAAUAUGCCGGGCUUGGGUGACGAUAAUGCAGAUAUCAAGCGGCUGGUUAAAGAGACGUUAAGCUUAAAUAAGCGAAAUUGGCUGAUGAUUGUGGACAAUGCGGAUGAUACUGAGAUACUGAUGAGCGGUAAAACUCGACUACUGGAUUACAUUCCGUAUGAUAGUGGCAAGAUCAUCUUCACAUCGCGAAGCAGGAAAGCGGCUACUGUUUUAGCCCCGGCAAAAACCCUGGAGUUGCAGGAUAUGGGCGGGCUGGAAGCACGGCAGCUGUUUGAGCGGCGCAUCUCGAAACGGGCAUUGCUCACCGAUGGAAGAGCUGUGGAUGAGCUGCUUGAGAAACUUGCUUAUCAUGCACUUGCUAUUGUGCAGGCUGCGGCUUUUAUAAAUAGUAAUGAGACCUCGGUUACAGCAUAUAUCUUAUUGAUGCGAGAUACGGAGAUAGGCGCUUUUGGCGAGAGUUUUGAAGACCCAGGUAGAUACCGCGAAAUGGACAGCACGAUUGCUAAAACAUGGUAUAUCUCAUUUAAUCAGAUUUAA